AUGCAGACGGCCGUCACGCCGCAGCACGUCUCCAAUAACAUAGAGUUUACCUUGGACCUCCAGAGUUUCCCUAGUGACCUGGGGUACAUCCAUAUGUUGUACUUCUGUGAACUGGAGCAUCUUCAAACAAAGGCACGACGGGAGUACAACUUCUACCGGAAUGACGUGCUGAGGCACUCAAAUUACACUCCGCCAUACCUUGUGACCGAUUACAUCUACUCAUCCGAGCCCUUUCAAGUCGACCAGUACAAGGUCUCCCUCAACGCCACCGCUACGUCGACGCUACCGCCCAUCAUAAACGGCAUUGAGCUAUUCGCCGUGAUCCCAACUACCAUCCAGGGCACCGACACACAGGACGUAUCUGCCAUCACCGCAAUCAAGGAGAUAUACCAGGUGCACAAGAACUGGAUGGGUGACCCGUGCAUUCCCAAGGCUCUGUGCUGGGAUGGGUUGACCUGCAGCUACGACGUUUCCAAACCUCCCAUAAUUAGAAACGUAAACAUGUCCUUCAAUGGUCUGCAUGGUGGUAUAUCGCCAAAUUUCGCAAAUCUAAUGGACGUCCAAUACUUGGAUCUCUCAAACAAUAAUUUAACAGGAUCAAUUCCAGACACCCUUUCACGAAUACAAUCAUUAAUAUUUUUAGAUCUCUCAAACAACAAUCUGAAUGGAUCCAUUCCUUAUGGACUUAUCAAAAAAGUUCAGGAUGGGUCCUUGGAUUUGAGAUAUGUCAACAAUCCCGAUCUCUGUACUAAUGGCAACUCAUCUCAGCUUGCUGAAGGGCGCACCAAACUAGCCAUCUACAUAGCUGUUUCUGUAGUUGUGAUUGUGGUGUUAGUAUUAGUGGCAGUACUAUGCUUUUGCUUCCAAAGAAAAAGAAAGCAAGUAUCAAUCAAUUAUUCUGUAAAGCUGACAAGUGAUGGCGAUGGGAAUAGUUCGCUUCGACUUGAGAACCGUCGGUUCACGUACAUGGAACUGGAGACAAUAACGAACAACUUCGGGCGAGUGCUUGGCCAAGGAGGGUUCGGGUAUGUCUUCCACGGCUGCCUGGAAGAUGCCACUCAGGUGGCAGUAAAGUUGAGGUCUCAUUCUUCAAAUCAAGGUGUCAAACAAUUCCUCGCAGAGGCUCAAGUUUUAACACGGAUUCAUCACAAGAAUCUUGUGUCCAUGAUUGGUUACUGCAAGGAUGGGGUGCACAUGGCACUUGUCUAUGAGUACAUGCCUCAAGGAACCCUACAAGAGCACAUUGCAAGGGAAGACAACAGCGGACGAGGUUUACCAUGGAGACAAAGACUCCAAGUCGCACUUGAAUCUGCACAAGGUCUGGAGUACCUUCAUAAGGGGUGCAACCCACCUAUAAUUCACAGGGAUGUCAAAACCGCCAACAUCUUGUUAAACGCGAGGUUAGAGGCCAAGAUUGCCGAUUUUGGUUUGUCCAAGGCUUUCACCUGCGACGAUAACACCAAUGUAUCCACCAACACGUUUGCCGGCACACACGGAUAUGUAGAUCCAGAGUAUCAGAGAACAAUGUAUCCGUCGACCAAGAGCGACGUGUAUAGCUUUGGUGUCGUUCUGCUAGAGCUAGUCACAGGAAAGCCAGCCAUCCUACGCAACCCCAGGCCCAUCAACAUCAUCAACUGGGCACGACAACUACUUGCACGGGGCGACAUUGAAGGCAUAGUGGAUGCGCGUAUGCAAGGUGAUCAUGACAUCAAUGCCGUUUGGAAGACAGCAAACAUUGCACUCAUGUGCACUGAGCAAGCUCCCGCGCAGAGGCCCUCCAUGACUGAGGUGGUGAUGCAGCUACAGGAGUGCCUCGAUCUGGAGGAAGGCAGCGGCGGUAGUGGCAUGAACCCACACAUGGGUUACAAUGCUACCAUUAACCAGUCCAUUGGUGUGAGCCAGAACAACACUAUGUUUGAGACAGCGUAUAAUUAUACGACAGGGCCACCAAUGGACAGCAGUCCCGCGUCCACCCGAUGA